AUGGCCGAUGGAGAGGAUAUUCAGCCCCUUGUUUGUGACAAUGGAACUGGAAUGGUGAAGGCUGGUUUUGCCGGUGAUGAUGCUCCCAGGGCAGUUUUCCCGAGUAUCGUGGGUCGGCCUCGACAUACUGGUGUUAUGGUUGGGAUGGGACAGAAGGAUGCUUACGUGGGCGAUGAAGCUCAAUCUAAGAGAGGUAUCCUGACCUUGAAAUAUCCCAUCGAGCAUGGUAUAGUCAGCAACUGGGAUGAUAUGGAGAAGAUCUGGCAUCACACUUUCUACAACGAGCUUCGUGUUGCUCCUGAGGAGCACCCUGUGCUUCUAACUGAAGCGCCACUCAACCCCAAGGCCAACAGAGAGAAGAUGACCCAGAUCAUGUUUGAGACCUUCAACGUUCCCGCCAUGUAUGUUGCUAUCCAGGCUGUCCUUUCUCUAUAUGCCAGUGGUCGUACAACUGGUAUUGUUCUGGAUUCUGGUGAUGGUGUGAGUCACACAGUACCCAUUUAUGAGGGCUAUGCACUGCCUCAUGCCAUCCUUCGUCUGGAUCUUGCUGGUCGUGACCUCACAGACUACCUCAUGAAGAUCCUCACCGAAAGGGGUUACAUGUUCACCACUUCUGCUGAACGGGAAAUCGUUCGUGACAUGAAGGAGAAGCUUGCUUAUGUGGCUCUUGACUAUGAGCAGGAACUUGAGACAGCUAAGAGCAGCUCAUCUGUUGAGAAGAACUAUGAAUUGCCUGAUGGACAGGUUAUUACAAUUGGGGCUGAGAGAUUCCGCUGCCCAGAAGUUCUCUUCCAGCCUUCUUUCAUUGGAAUGGAAUCUUCAGGAAUCCAUGAGACUACCUACAACUCCAUCAUGAAGUGUGAUGUUGAUAUCAGGAAGGAUCUCUAUGGUAACAUUGUUCUCAGUGGUGGUUCGACCAUGUUCCCAGGCAUUGCUGAUCGAAUGAGCAAGGAAAUCACUGCCUUGGCUCCCAGCAGCAUGAAGAUCAAGGUUGUUGCCCCGCCAGAGAGAAAAUACAGUGUCUGGAUUGGAGGAUCAAUUCUUGCAUCCCUCAGCACCUUCCAGCAGAUGUGGAUUUCAAAGGGUGAAUACGACGAGUCUGGUCCGUCGAUUGUCCACCGAAAGUGCUUCUAA